AUGGAUCCCAGAACGCCCGCGGUGACGAAAGAGUCGCGCGGGCGACGCACGGGCGGGUCGACGACGGGUCGAUCGAGACUCGGGGGAUCGUCUGAGACGACGGCGUUCGAACGCGCGCGGGCGAGAGGCGGCGCGACGACUGCGGCGACGCGCGGUCGACUUGGAUCGGAGACGUUCGCGAAUAAUACUCGAGGGUCAUUGGCCGAGGCGUUUGACGCGGCGGCGGCGCAUCUUAGAGAUGUGAGCGCGAGCGAGGCGACGCUGGAGCGGUUCGCCGAGCGCGUGACGCCUGGUUUGGGCACGAGCUCAAGGCGCGGGCGGCGAUUGCUUGGCGCGCACGAACGAACGCACGUGUGCGGUGUGGAUGGAUGCGAUAAGUCGUACGGCAGCGCGUCGAGUUUGUGCACGCAUCGACGCGUGAGACAUGCGGGUUGGCGGGAACGCGUGCGUGACGCCGCGGACGGCGCCGUGGAGGACAAGGGCGGUGACGGUGAGGGUAAGGGUGCCGACGCCGACGUCGAUCGUGAUACCACGGUGCGCCUGGCUCGCAAGCGCGGUGCGAGCGGGCUUGACGAUUCCACGCGAGCGUCGCCACUUGGCGUGUACCUGGAGAUACUCGCCGCGGACGCGCACGGACGUUUGGGGGUGGGAGAUCGAACCAAGGCUCGCCUCUCGCGCGCUACCAAGGACGCCAUUACCACUGCCACAGACCCCAUCGCGUUCGUCGAGCGUAGAGCCGCCUCCGCGGCUGCCGCACGUCUCUUCGCAUCGAUGGAAUCGGCGUCCGCGAACGAGCACGAGCGCACGAGCGCGUGGCUUUUUACCCUCGAUGACGUCUCCAAAACGAUCAUCCGUCGCGACGAAAUAUCGGUCGACCCGAGUGAGGUCGAUCGCAAGCGCGUCGCGUCAUGCGUCGACUUCGAAGUCGCCCACGCCUUGCGCUCUGCGCUCGCUCGAUGA